AUAUUUCACUGACAUUUCAAAAUUGUGUUUUCAUCCAAGUUUUUGGCAGCCGGAAAAAGGGGCGGGGAUUAAGCAGAAGUUACAACGCAUAUAUUGAGGAAGUGGACUUGAACGAAAAACAUCCUGCCAAUAAAUGGUGACAAGCCCCAAGCUCCGACAGCGAAGACAGUUUGCCCCAGACCUCCGAUGAAUUCGUAUGCCAAAACUGAAAUCCCAACCAUGGAUGGCCUACAAUAUGCGGUCGAGUUUGCCCACGAUGAGAAUCUACUGGGCAGCCAAUCGAAAGUGUCUCACCUGUCCGAAGUCCUGGCCAUGCUCACCCUCAAUUCAGCCGAUGAACGCAAUGCUGAGGGCCAUAACCUUCAUAGGAAACUAUUACAACUGAAACGGGAAGCGGAUUUGCUAGACACCCAAUUUAAUUCGCCCGAUUAUUACACCCAAAAGGAGGAAUUAAUCUUCAAGGUCGUGUGCGAACUCAGGGGCAUCGACCAUGAGCAGUGGAUCCUGGAUGAAAUGGGACUCAUGGAUGACGCUGCGUUUGCCGAUUUUCUGCAGGAUGCGUUUGUUUGCGAUCAAAAUUGACCAGCAGCUGCAUGUUUUUAAGCUUUGAUUUUUAAUAGGCAUUUAUAUUUUAAAAUAUAUCAAUUGCUUAACUGCAAACGAUUGCUUAACCGAAA